AUGUCUUAUAUGAUGUUAUUACCUAGAGGCCCAUUAUUAUUGGGUAAAGGUAUAAUAGGAAUAAGAAGCAUCAUAAUAAGAGGUUUCCAUAAUUCAAUAAAGCACAAUAAACUAUCACAUUCACGACCUGUAACUCAUCAACUAUUGAAAUAUAAUAAUCUUCUUAAUAGAAGAAAUGAAUUUAACGUGCUAACGGGGUUCUUACUACAAAAUAGAAAGUAUACUACCCCAACGCCGACAGAAGAAGUAGAGAAAAACAAUAAAGAAUCAACAAUUAUAGAAUUCAAGACAGAUUCAAACUUAGUUAAGGAUCAUUUAGAACUUAGCAAACAACGACAAUCAGAAAUCUCCAAAGAAGAAAAGAAGGAACUUCAACAACAACAGAAUAAAAGCAUCUUAGAGAAUUUUAGAACAAUUGGUAGGAUUUUGCAAUUAGGAAAAUCUGAUUUAAAAUUAUUUUUAUUAGCACUUGCAUUUAUCUUAUGUGCCGUCCUUUAUCCAACUACUGCUGUUAGACUUGUUGGUGCUUCAUUAGAUGCUUAUAGUUCAAAUACCAAAGAUGAAGAUGGAAAUCUUUUAGUUUGGGGAUAUAAAAUUACUACAGUUUUCCAAUUUAUGGUCCCAUUUAUGUUGGUUAGUGCUGCAUGUUUUUGGGGAAGAUUGUGGGUAUUAAAAGUAUUAGGUGAAAGACUUGUAGCAAGAUUACGAUUCAAAGUAAUGAAAACUUUAUUAAGACAUGAUGCUGCUUUUUAUGAUAAUGAAAAACAUAAAGUUGGAGAUUUAAUAUCAAGACUUUCAAGUGAUGCAUACGUUGUUUCAAGAUCAAUUACUGGUAAUUUACCUGAUGGGUUAAAGAAUCUUUUAUUUGGAAUUAUAAGUUCAUAUAUGAUGUAUGCUAUCAACCCACUUCUUUUUGGAGUAUUUUGUAUCAUAUCUCCGCCAUUAAUUAUUGGAUCAGUAUUUUAUGGUGAAAAAAUGAGAAAAUUAUCAACAAGAGUUCAAAAUGCUGCUGCUGGAUUAACUAAAGUCUCAGAAGAAACUCUUAAUUCAGUUAGAUUAGUCAAAGCUUUCACUGGUGAACAAAAAGAAUUGGAUAAAUAUUCCGAAAAGAUUAGAAAUGUUGUUACAGUUGCAAAACGUGAAGCAUUUGCUCAAUCCAAUUAUCUGGUUAGUAUUUAUGCUUUAUAUCAUACCGGAUAUAUAGCCUCUAUUUCUUUAGGGCUUUAUCUUAUUUUGAAGGGACAAAUGACGGCAGGGGAUGUAGUUGCAUUCUCAAUGUAUCUGGAAUUUUUUAAUCUGUCCUUAUAUUCUUUAACAACUACAUAUAUGGAAUUAAUGAAAGGUGCAGGUGCUGGGGUUAAACUUUUUGAAUUAAUGGAUUAUAAAAGUGAUAUAGAACCUAUUAAAGGUCAUAAAGCACCUAGUCAUCUUAAAAAUGAUGUUGAAUUUAAAGAUGUCUUUUUCAGUUAUCCAACGAGACCAAAAGAUAAGAUUUUUAACGGAUGUAAUUUCCAUAUUGAGGCGGGAGCAAGUACUUGUAUAGUGGCACCUUCAGGAUGUGGUAAAUCUACCGUUGCUUCAUUACUUCUUCGUUCAUAUAAUAUUCAAGGUGGAACAAUUACGAUUGGGGGCAAAGAUAUUAAAGAUAUACAAGUUCGAGAACUUCGAAGAAAAAUUAUUGGGAUUGUUCAACAAGAACCAGUAUUAUUAUCCGGGACGAUCUUGGAGAAUAUAGUAUAUGGACUUACACCUCAUGAAAUUAAGUAUUUAACUAUGGAUGAUAUAAUUGAAGUUUGUAAACAAGCCAAUUGUCAUGAUUUCAUCACGGGAUUCCCCGAUGGAUAUAAUACAAUAAUUGGAGCUGGUGGGACUUCCUUGUCUGGUGGUCAAAAACAAAGAGUUGCAAUUGCAAGGGCAUUAAUCAAAAAACCAUCGAUAUUAAUCUUAGAUGAAGCUACAUCUGCAUUAGAUUCUCGAUCUGAAAGUUUAAUUAAUGAAACUUUGAAAGAAUUAACUAGUGAAGGAAAAAUGACAAUUAUUUCAAUUGCUCAUAGAUUAUCAACAAUUUCGAAAUCUGAAUUCGUGGUAGUUUUAGGUAAAAAUGGGCAAGUUGUUGAACAUGGAAGAUUUGUUGAAUUGUUUAGUAAUCCAAAUUCAGAAUUAUCUAAAUUAUUAGAUGAAUCGGCUAAUUUACAAGAAGAUGAGAAAUUAGAUAAUGAAGAAGUUGAAGAAAUUGAGCAUUUGAAUCGUGAAGCUCAAGAUAUUGAACUCGAACAAAAGAGAGAACAAUUGGAACAUAUUAGAUCUUUGAUUGAACAAUUACCCUCUGAAUUAAAAGGACAGUUAAUAGAAGAGAUUAAUAAUAAUCAUCAUGUUGAGGAAAAGCCGGUUGCAAAUUUGGAUUCAACAUUGACGGAAAAUCUUAAAAGAUAG